AACCGGAAGUGAUGGUUUGAACCGGAAGCAGUGAGUCUGUUUGAAUGAAAUCGGCUGAUUCACUGCGGAGACACAGCCACCGAAGAUGGACAGACUCCUGCGCCUCGGAGGAGGGAUGCCAGGACUUGGGCAGGGCCCACCAACUGAUGCCCCAGCAGUAGAUACAGCAGAACAAGUCUAUAUAUCCUCACUGGCUCUAUUGAAGAUGCUGAAACAUGGACGGGCUGGAGUGCCUAUGGAGGUGAUGGGCCUUAUGUUGGGUGAAUUUGUGGAUGACUACACCGUCCGUGUCAUUGAUGUGUUUGCAAUGCCGCAGUCAGGCACAGGUGUCAGUGUUGAGGCGGUGGAUCCUGUUUUUCAGGCAAAAAUGUUGGACAUGUUGAAGCAGACAGGCAGGCCUGAAAUGGUUGUUGGCUGGUACCACAGUCACCCUGGCUUUGGAUGCUGGCUUUCAGGAGUUGAUAUCAACACUCAGCAGAGCUUUGAAGCGCUGUCGGAACGAGCUGUUGCUGUUGUAGUGGAUCCUAUUCAGAGUGUAAAGGGGAAGGUUGUUAUUGAUGCCUUUAGACUGAUUAAUGCCAAUAUGAUGGUACUGGGACACGAGCCAAGACAAACGACCUCAAACCUUGGUCACCUCAACAAGCCGUCUAUCCAGGCCCUGAUUCAUGGAUUAAAUCGGCAUUACUACUCAAUCACCAUCAACUAUCGGAAAAAUGAACUUGAGCAAAAGAUGUUGUUGAACUUGCAUAAAAAGAGUUGGAUGGAAGGCCUAACACUUCAGGACUACAGUGAACAUUGUAAACUUAAUGAAACUGUGGUGAAAGAGAUGUUGGAACUGGCCAAAAACUACAACAAGGCUGUGGAGGAAGAGGAUAAGAUGACUCCAGAACAGCUGGCAAUUAAAAAUGUUGGGAAACAGGAUCCAAAACGCCAUUUGGAAGAGCACGUGGAUGUGGUGAUGACUUCAAAUAUUGUGCAGUGCUUAGCGGCCAUGUUGGACACCGUGGUAUUUAAAUAGUAAAGUGUAAUACUGUAAAAUAAUACACUCGUGUCACGUUUCCUUUUUGAGCUGUAUCGUUUCUAUUCAUUGGGUGGCUUGUGAAGUGGAGGCCGCUGAAGACUAAACCUACCAGAUGUGGAAGUCACUUGGCACCAAUAAUCUGUUGGGAGUAUAACUGCAUUCAACGACUUGCUAUCCUGGCUGCUGUUAGAUUGGUUACUAAGGACAGAUGGAGUCAGAUUAUUUCAGCCUUGUAUUUUUGUCAUGAGGCUGAGUUUGCACCAUAACUGGGGGGUUUGUUUCGCUUUGAUUUUUGGUGAAUAUCAGGAUUUUUUUCUUGUUCGUAUAACCUUACUUUGCCUUCCUCUGUUAGAUUUCAAUUCAUCAAUAAAAAAAACAUUUUAAAACC